AUAGAGCUUCUUAUAUAAAUUUUGUUGUGGAAGGUAAUUUACCUGUAUCGUUAGUCAAAUUACAAGACGAAACAAAUAAGGAUUUAAUUUUACGUAAAGUUAUUCUAUAUGUCUUAAAGGGAUGGCAAAAAAAAUGGUCUGAUGAACGGUUAAAGCCAUAUCACAUGUGUAGGUUGCAAUUAUCUUAUGAAAACGGUUGUCUGAUGCGGGGACACAAGGUUGUAAUUCCGGAGUCAUUACAAAAGGAUAUUUUAUCAGAGCUACAUCAGUCUCACUUGGGAAUUGUUAAAACUAAAGCUGAAGCACGUUCACGGUUCUGGUUUCCCGGGAUCGACGCCGCGCUCGAGCGCAUGAUAGCUUCGUGUGACGUAUGUAUUCAAAUGCGACCGACUCCAGCACGGGGCCCGAUCGCGCAUUGGGAACACCCCCCACAACCGUUUUACAGAGUACAUAUGGAUUUCUUGGGACCGAUAAACGGUCAAACCUUUUUGAUAAUAGUAGAUGCUUAUACUAAGUGGGUGGAGGUUUACAAUAUGAAAUCCAGUACAUCUGCUUCAGCCACGAUUGAAAGAUUAUGUGAGUUUAUGUCUAGGUUUGGUAUUCCUCAUACUUUAGUUAGUGACAAUGGUACAUCGUUCACAUCACAUGAGUUUGAAAAUUUUUGUACAUUGAACGGAAUUUCACAUUUGAAGUCACCGGCUUAUCAUCCCGCUAGCAACGGACAGGCUGAAAGCUUCGUCAAAAUUAUUAAAAAGGGUAUAAAAACGACCUUGCUUAGUGGAAGUGGAGCGAGUCUAUUUAGUAAAAAACUACUAAAAUAUUUAUUUGAUUACAGGAACUCCGUACACACUCUGACUGGGGUUUCGCCCGCAGAGCUUGUUUACGGUAGAAAACUCAGAAUGCGUCUUGAUCAAAUUAUACCUGAGUCGUCAUCGCCCUCAUCCACAGCCCUUGCUGAUGUCAUUAAAUUUAAACAGUGUUCGCAAAAUAAGACCAAAGUAAAUAAAAAACAAAGUUUUACCAAGGGAGAUUUCAUUCUAUAUAAAAAGCAUACGGUCAACGGAAAGUUUAUUUGGUGCAAAGGUUUCAUUAAAAAGACAAUUGGGAAGGUGUUGUACUUAGUCAGAGACUGUAAGUCUUCCUUGUUAUUUAAAAAACACCAAAAUCAACUAAUACCUUAUAAGGGUACCGAUUGCAGUAUUCACGAAUACAAAGAUGUGGAUGUAGAACCGGUUUCAUGGAGAGGCAAUUUGUCAGCAGAAGAACAAUCAUCCUCGAAUGAAGUGUCUCCGAUAGACACAGGGGACGAGGAAGAGGACAGGUCUGGGAUGGAGGGCAGCUCAGAAAGGGGGGAAGCUACCAAUUCUAAUGCUUGUGAUGAUAUUAGUUUACCGGUCGAAGUACCUCUCAUCAGGUCACCGUCGCCGCAGCGGCAAGGUGUCGAGUUAGCAGAAGAGGAGGAUGAAUUUCUUGAAGCCCUACCAGACCCGUCUGUCGAAGAAGGCUCUGAGGGCAUACCCGCACGACAAAACGCCAGCAGACCUGAGUUUACAUCACGGAAUAAACGCAAUCGGCCUAGAGUUAACUAUAAGCAGUUUUUUUAGUAUAAGUUUCUUUUUUAAGUUUAGUAUAAUCUUUUGUUUUGUUUAAAGUAGUUAUGUACAUAUUAUAUCUAAGCUAAGGGGAGGAAUGUUAAGUAUGUGUGCGUGUGCCUACGCAUACGGGGUAUUUCAACAAAUAUAGGACAGUGUGUUAACAGCAGGCAAGUGUUCGUGUUCACUCGUGUAUUCCUCGUAUCUAACAGGUAGUAACCAUAUAAAAAAGACUAUGUCCUUUCUGUGUUCCUGCUAUUCUUUAUUGAGCUCUGCUUGAAAUAGACUGAAGAAGUGGGUGGACUGCAAGCAAAUCGAGUAACGACUUUCACUGCCUGAUAUCCAUGGACUACAGUAACCACUUAUUAACAGAGGGACAUUGAGAGCUCAUUUACAGAUCUGUGCCUAGUAAAAGUAUUACUAAACUUAUUUUAGUCCACUGCUAAAAUAAUAGCACCGAUAAUAAUCAAAUCUAAUAAGAAGGUUUUAGAGCCUCAUAUGAACUCAAGUGUAGUGAACGUAGUUUUUAAAAGUUUACACACAACAGCCGUAAUAAUCCCGAGAAAAAAUUUUUUUUAGACCUUCAAUCUUUUUAUUGUUUUUUUUUCCGUAGAUCUGGGGGCAAGGUCUGCGCCCACAUGGUCAUUACCGGAGUCUAAAGACUGGCGUGAAUACCACAAGUCAUCCUGAGAUAAAAUGUUGAGGUGACGAUUAUAUUAUAUCAAGAUAAAACGACAAUUUUUACUGAAACGCAUUACUGCUUCACGGCAGAAAUAGGCAGGAUAACUUUUUUGGAACGAAGUUCCUUAUGGGACGAUGCGGAGGGAUACCCUAACCGGGAAAAAACGUCCGUAACGUAAGAUUUUUAUUAUUUAUGUAUAGUCUUAGUAUGAUGGCUAUACAGUGUCUAAUGUAUAGUCUACGUGAUGACGGUUAUUAUUAUAUUAUUAUUCAUAUAAAUAGCUGUUUCUUUGUAUAUAAUAAUUAUUAUAUAUUAUAUUUUUUAUAAAUCAUUGUGAAUAAAAUAAGGUCCAUAACUUUGUA